AUGACAGACCAAGCCCAGGAGCCUGGUGGCGACAAUCAGCCAGACCAUGUUGAUACUCGUCAACAACCCGGUCACGACACGAAUCCGUCAAGCGCGACAGAUACGGCGGCUAAUACCCAGGUAGUGUCAGGGUCUCUACAACUCAAACACAAUGAUAUGAGUGGCACAGCUGAAGCCGCCGGCAAGACGAGUUCUGAUUCUGUUGCUGGAGACGAUGCCCAGGAAGACGAAGGAGGCACUGAGGAAGAGAACGAUGAAGACGAAGAGGACGAAGAAGAAGAUGAUGAUGAUGACGAUGGAUCAGACGACGAAGAAGACGAAGAUUAUGAGCCAUCUCUGAAGAUCUCGAGGCUCACGCCCCAUUUGAAUGCUGUAUACCGUAACGGUGACGCAGCCAGCGCGUUUCUUGUCGCAGGCGAUAAGAUGAUAAUCGGUACACAUAAUGGCAAUAUUCACGUUCUUCAACUACCCACCUUUCAAGCGCUUCGAGUAUAUCAUGCUCAUUCUGCCUCCGUCACAUCCAUCUCGAUCUCGCCAUACCCUCCGCCACUACCGACGGAUCAAGCGUCCAGCCCCGUACCGCCUGCGAACCUGCCUAGCCAGCCAAGACCCCAGGAUAAUUCUCCAGCCGCUUCCUCAAAACGACUUAGGGAGCCCACACAAAUCCCAAAAACUCCAUCCAACGACAUACACAUAGCAACCUCUUCCAUGGAUGGCAAUGUCUGUGUACAAUCUUUGAUUGAUAUGAAAGAUGUUCAACUGCGGAGUUUCGGUCGUCCCGUCCAGAGCGUGGCAUUAUCACCAGAGUUCAAAUCAGAUCGUUCUUACAUCUCAGGUGGUUUAGCUGGUCAGCUUAUUCUCACCUCGGGAGGUCUGCCAGGCCGAAGUACUUCCACCACGAUUGGAACAGCAGCUGCAACUGCAUCCGGCUGGCUCGGAAGCAUGGGCUUGGGAUCCAAUACUGGCAAGGACACAGUCUUGCACACGGGAGAGGGCACAAUCAACACCAUAAAAUGGUCGUUAUCAGGAAAGUACGUUGUCUGGCUGAAUGAGCAAGGUAUCAAAAUCAUGCGCUCCAAACUGCACCACGAAAAUGCGGACCAUGACGACGUCUGGAAGCGUGUUGGGCACAUCGAUAGGCCACAGACCGAGGAAUGGGAUACUAUGGCUAGCGUGUGGAAAGGCCGGGCCGAAUGGAUCGACGAAAAAGCAAUUGAAAGCGACGAGGCCAUCGAUCCUCAGCAGGGCAGCGUGUCGGCUUCGGCAGCUGCAGACAGGUUGAAGGGUCAAUCCGGGCUACAAAAACAUGGGAUGGAGCGUCUACUGGUUGGUUGGGGGUCCAUGAUAUGGAUUAUCAAUGUUCAUCGUGACGGCUCUCCUGCAAAGGACAGCGGAAACAAAGCCCUUGGUCGCGCUGAGAUUGCCAAAAUCUUGCGCAUUGAUUGUAUCAUUUCUGGAAUCUCUCUUUAUACGUCGAAUCUUCUUCUUGUUCUCGCAUUUGCCCCGCCGGAAGACGGUGAAGAGGAGGGACAGAGCAGCAAAGCCGCCCAGCGCCAUCGUCAUCAAGGGUCCACAAGCUCUGCGAAGAGUGAGCCGUCGGGUGGCGUCAGGAAGCGUCAAAAUAACAUGCCCCCGGAGCUCCGUCUCAUUGACCUUGUAUCGCAAGCCGAGGUUGACAAAGAGGAACUCGUAAUGAGCCGCUAUGAGCGCCUUUUUUCUGCCGACUAUCACCUCAGCGUAUUACCUGCUCGCAGCGCAGCAAGCGUGGUAGCAUCCAAGGGGGCAUUAGAGACCAUCGCCGGGCUCGGUAGCGAGAUGUGGAAUGCCGCUAUUAACCCCAGAGCUCUCUUUAGCUCGGGGGCCAGUAUUCGAAGCAGAGAUAGCGGAGACGAUGUUGCAACCGGCUCUAGAACAACCAGUGCCAGUGGAACAAUCCGCGGCGGGCCAGCCAGGUCAGUGUCGCUCCCUGUACAUCCCAGCUUGAGCAAGCCUGGCGCCAAAAUCUUUGUUCAGAGCCCUUAUGACUGCAUACUGGCAACCAAGAGAGACUUGGGUGAUCACCUUGCCUGGUUGUUAGAACACGAGCAAUUUAGUAGAGCAUGGGAUCUCUUAGAUGAGAAUCCAGACAUAUUGGCAGACAAGUCUGGUGAUUUUCUGCCAGCGGCUGCACCGGGGCAGGGUGCUACCGACGCGUUCGAGGACGAAUCUGUCGCAGACUCCAUGACCAGAAGCGCUCAAACUGCAGUGGAGAAGGAGAAGCAGCGGAUAGGCGAGCUUUGGAUUAAAGAGCUGAUUGACGACGGCCAAUGGGCUGUGGCAGCGGAAGUCUGCAGCAGGGUCUUGCAUUCUCCCGAUCGCUGGGAGAAGUGGGUGUGGACUUUUGCAGGGGCAAGGAAGUUCGACGAGAUUACAAACUAUAUUCCUUCAGCUCCGAUGAGGCCGCCCAUACCAACUACAGUGUACGAAGUCGUCCUUGGCCAUUAUAUUCACAACGACAAACCCCGGUUUCGGGAUCUACUGGACCUGUGGUCGCCAGAGUUAUUUGACAUCAAGACUGUUACGACAACACUUGAAAACCAGCUCAAGUUCCGCGAUGUGCGCCAAGAUAGCAUUGACGACGGCGAAAAGGGCAGAGAUUGGCGUAUCGUUAAUCAAAGUCUUGCCAGGUUAUAUGAAACCGGAGGGCGCCAGCGCGAGGCUCUCAGAUUCUACAUCAAACUUCAAGACGCCGAUUCUGCGUUUCGUCUCAUUAGAGAUAAUCAUCUCGCCGAAGCAGUGGCCGACGACAUUCCAGACUUUAUCAGCCUGCGCGUUCCUGCUGGCGGUAUUGACCAAAUGACGAAAAAGGAUCUGGCCAAUGCGACCUCUGAUGCAAUUACACUGCUCGUCGACGAGGCACAACAUGGUUUGGUUGGACCUAAGCAAGUGGUAGAGCAGCUGCAAGCAAAGAAACUCCGGCUGUAUCUUUUCUUCUAUCUCCGUGGUCUAUGGCACGGCGACGGCGUGAAGGAACAUGCUGGGGGGAACCGCGACCACUUGGUCCUGGAAAGCCGAGCGUUAGUAGACGACUUUGCAGAUCUGGUUGUCACACUCUUCGCCACCUACGAAAGAACACUUUUGAUGGACUUCUUGAAAACAUCAACGGCGUACACAUUUGACAAGGCUGUCGAGGAAUGCGAACAACAUAAAUACUACGACGAGCUCGUUUUUCUGUACUCGAAAACAGGUCAAAUGAAGCGCGCACUAUACCUGAUCAUUGAUCGACUACGCGACGUAGAAAAAGCAAUUGAAUUUGUCAAGGAGCAAGACGAUCCGGACCUGUGGAAUGACUUGCUUGAUUAUAGUAUGGACAAACCAAGCUUCAUCCGGGCACUUCUUGAGCAAGUGGGUACCGCGAUCAACCCCAUUGCUCUCGUAGAGCGCAUUCCCGAGGGUCUCGAGGUUGAAGGUCUCAGAGAAGGCCUCACGCACAUGAUGAAGGAGCACGAACUUCAACACAGCAUCAGCUCUGGCGCAGCAACAGUCAUGCGCAGCGAAGUGGGACUGAAGCAACGAGAGCUGCGCGCUGGACAGCGCCGCGGCGUCAAAUUUGAGCCGGCCGCGGUGCCCGCCAAGAAGCCCAAGGCAGACCAGAAACCGGGUGACGUGGAGAAGAAGGCGGAGGUUGUCCAAGGCGAAAAGGCGGCUAGAGCGCCCAAACCCGGCCAUUGCGUCGGUUGUGGGGACGCAUUCACCGAGUACGAGAUGGAAACGCUGGUGGGUUACGCGUGCGGCCACGUCUACCACUUGAGCCACCUGAUGGAGAUGCUCAAGAGCGGUGGGAACGUGGAUAUUGACAUUGGCAGCGAUGGCCAAGAAAGUGGCCGGUAUCUGGUGGGUAUGAAGGUCAUGAAGGCGAGGUUACUGCGCGACAAGAUACCAUUCGAUUUUUAG